AUGGGAGAAAUACGAAGUGCAGGCGCAGUGCUAGAGGCGUCGUCGUCCUCAGGGUUCAACGACAAUACCUCCGAUAGCGGACUGAAGAAUGUUGUGCACGAGAGCAGGCUCGAGGAGCAGAGCACCGCAGGGUCGAAGGAAAACGACGCAUAUGGAGGAGCAGGAGGAGACCUCGGGGAGGGCCAGUUGCGUAAGUCGUUCUCGCUAUGGUCGAUCUUGGGUGUUGGGUUCGGAUUGACGAACUCGUGGUUCGGGAUCUCGGUCUCGAUGGUCACUGGUAUCUACUCCGGUGGGCCCAUGAUGGUCGUUUACGGUAUCAUUAUCAUUGCGUUGAUUUCAACGUGUAUCGCUGUUACGUUGGGUGAGCUCACGUCCGCAUAUCCACACGCUGGUGGCCAGUUUUGGUGGUCGCUACAGUUGGCCCCACCAAAGUACAGAAGAGUCGCUGCGUACUUAUGCGGCGCGUUCGCUUGGGCCGGUGCCGUGUUUUCCAGCGCAUCGACCACCCUCUCGGUCGCCUCCGAAUUGGUCGGCAUGUAUGCGCUCACACACCCAGACUUCACCGUCAAGAGAUGGCACGUCUUCGUGUGCUUCGAAAUCUUGCACAUGUUCCUGAUGCUCUUUAAUUGCUCCGGUAAGGCCUUACCCUUGAUCUCCUCCUCCUCGUUGUACAUCUCGCUAGUGUCGUUCUUCACCAUCACCGUCACAGUCGUCGCUUGCUCAAGGGGCAAGUACAACGACGCAAAGUUCGUCUUUGCUACUUUCUACAACGAAACCGGCUGGAAAAAUAGCGUCAUCGCCUUCAUCGUGGGGCUCAUCAACCCUGCUUGGUCUUUCUCGUGUCUAGACUGUGCCACACACAUGGCUUUCGAAGUCGAAAACCCAGAAAAAGUCAUCCCAAUCGCUAUCUUGUCCACCGUCGGCAUCGGGUUCGUCACCUCGUUCUGCUACGUUAUCGCAAUGUUCUUUUCUUUGCAAAACUUGGACAAAGUUACCGCUUCCAACACAGCUAUGCCAAUCUUGGAAAUUUACCGUCAAUCCACAAACUCAACAGCUGCAGCAGUCGUCCUAGGCUGUCUCGUUCUAUUCACCUCAUUCGGUUGUGUCAUCGCCUGCCACACAUGGCAGGCUAGAUUGUGCUGGUCCUUCGCUAGAGAUAAAGGUAUUCCAUACUCCAAAUACUGGGCCAAAAUUGACCCCGCUCUUGGUGUCCCAUUGAACGCGCACUUGCUUUCUGGUGUCCUAAUUUCUUUGUUGGGGUGCCUAUACAUGGCUUCCACAACAGCUUUCAACUCCUUGAUCACCGGAUGCAUCGCCUUCUUGUUGUUCUCGUACAGUGUUCCUGUAGUCUGUCUCCUGGCUCGUAAACGUAACAUAAAACAUGGGCCAUUCUGGUUUGGCAAGUUUGGUGCCUUCUGCAAUAUCGUACUACUAGGAUGGACUCUAUUUGCCGUUGUAUUCUUCUGCUUCCCAUCCGUUAUGCCUGCAACAAAGAAUAACAUGAACUACGCCUCAGUAGUCAUUGUCGGAUUCUUAUUAUUCUUCUUAAUCUUCUGGCAAGUAAAGGGGAAAAACGAAUUCUACCUCAAGGGUGAUGAAAACGCGGAAUCAAACAACGACUCCAUCACCACUGAAGAGUAUGUUACUCUAGAGACAAAAUAG